AUGUGUAAGAACGGCCAAAAUAAUAAUAAUAAUAAUAAUCUGCGGAUAUCCAUGGAAAUUACCUCUCUGAAAUCGUUUUUGAAGAUAAUAGAUGAUUCAACUUCAGAUUGUCAGCUGAACCAGAGAAAAGUGGAUUUUGAAACUGAAUCAAAUGAAGUUCCUGAGACCUUCUGUGGUGUUAAUGACCAGUUUGUCCCCAAGGUUGGGAUGACUUUUAACACCCUUGAAGAUGCUACAAAAUUCUACAAGGGUUAUUCGAAGGUUGCAGAUCAAGUACAGAUGCUCAAACAGCACAGGAAACUAAACAUGUCCGUGCGUUGUACAAUAGAGAAUAACAAGGAAGCCGGUAUCAGACCUAGAAAAACUUACCAAUCGUUUGUUGCAGCAGACGAGGGUCACCGCGAGUUAAAUUUUAUUGAAAAAGACGUGAGGAAUUACAUCACUAGAGAAGUGCGGAAUGUUUUGAAACAAGAGGAUGCAAAAGAAUAUGGGAAAUGCUUAUUAAGAAUGAAAGAGAAGAAUCUGAAUUUCUUUUUCGAGCUCGAACUCGAGGACGAUCAGUCCAUUAAGCUUGCUUUUUGGGCGGAUGCAAGGAGCAGAGCUGCCUGUGAGUAUUUUGGAGAUGUUAUUUCAUUUGACACCACCUACAAUACAAACAGGUAUAAUCUGUUUUGUGGUUCUUUUGUCGGGAUGAAUCACCACAUCAGUCAACACUUCUUGGAUGCGCUUUGA